CGUGAUCGUCCAGCACGCUGUGUGCCGCCGCUGUGGCCGAGGUUUGGGUGUCUGCGGAAGGUGCCGGACACGGUACCAGCGAUCAUUGCGAAAACUCCUGAUGCCUGUGGAGACGGUGAUGUUUGGUGAUGGUGCUUCCACAAUGCAGUUAGGUGAUUACAAGUGGACUUGCAGGUGGGAAUCUCAAAAUAAUUGUAAUGCCAAACUCUGAAGAAUUGCUGAAUUCAUCAGGACCUGGAUAUUUGCAUUGUAUGAUAUUAAUUGAGACCGGGAUUUUAAAACAAGUUCUGACAGUCAGCAGAAUCAUCAGGAUCUGAAUAUCAUUGCCAUUUAACUGUGGAAAGAAAAAGGAUUUUGAACACUCCGUGGGGGAAACACAUAUCGUCCGUGUGUGGAAGAGUCUGUGAAUAUUCAUCUGACAUGUCCAAAUGCCAGCGCAGUCACACUGGGAAAAGACUGUGGAAAUGUGGGGAUUGUGGGAAGGGAUUUCUUUACCCAUCACAGCUGGAAAUUCACCAACGCAGUCACACUGGGGAGAAGCCAUUCACCUGCUUUGAUUGUGGGAUGGGUUUCACUCAGUCAUCCCACUUGCAGACACACCAACGGGUUCACACGGGGGAGAGACCAUUCACCUGCUCCCAGUGUGGGAUGGGAUUCACUCACUCCUCCAGCCUGCGCAUACACCAACGCAGUCACACUGGGGAGAAACCAUUCGCUUGCUCUGAUUGUGGGAAGGGAUUCACUUCAUCAUCCAGCCUGCAGAAACACCAGCGAAUUCACACUGGGGAGAGAUCAUUCACUUGCUCCGUGUGUGAAAAGGGUUUCACUCGGUCAUCCCACCUGCAGAGACACCAGCGAAUUCACACUGGAGAGAGACCAUUUGCCUGUUCCAAUUGUGGGAAGGGAUUUACUCAAUCAUCCGACCUGCUGGAACACCAGCGAGUUCACACUGGGGAGAGGCCGUUUACCUGCUCUGACUGUGGGAAGGGAUUCACUCGGUCAUCCCACCUGCUGGAACACCAGCGAGUUCACACGGGGGAGAGACCAUUCAUCUGCUCCGAUUGUGGGAAGGGAUUCACUUGGUCAUCCACCCUGCAGAGACACCGGGGAGUUCACACUGGAGGGAAAGCAUUCACCUGCUCCUAUUGUGGGAAGGGAUUUACCCAAUCAUCCGACCUGCUGGAACACCAGCAAGUUCACACUGGGGAGAGACCAUUCACCUGCUCUGACUGUGGGAAGAGAUUUAAACAAUCAUCCCACCUGCUGGAACACCAGCAAAUUCACACUGGGGAGAGACCAUUCACCUGCUACGUGUGUGAAAAGGGAUUCACUCGGUCAUUCCACCUGCAGAGACACCAGCGAAUUCACACUGGAGUGAAACCUUACACCUGCUCCGAUUGUGGGAAGGGAUUUACCCAAUCAACCAGUCUGCAGAGUCACCAGCAGCAAGUUCACACUGGGAAGAAACUUUCUGUCAGUCAACUCACUUGCUGAUACACCAGCGUGUUCACUCUGGGGAGAGACCAUUCACUUGUUCCCUAUGUGGGAAGGGAUUCACUCUGCCAUCCAAACUAUUAAUACACCAGUGAAAUUACACUGGGUGCGUCCUGUUCACCUGCUCUGUUUGUGUUAAAUGAUUUGCUGUUUGCUCACACACCAGCAAAUUCACAAAGAACUGUGGGUGAGGGGUUUUGCUUUUACUUACACUAAGGAAUGAACCUUGGUCAUUGGGCCAUUGUAUUGAUUUUAUUAAACACUGGUCUAUUAAAGGUG